AUGAAUCCAGCUGCUUGGGCAUAUAAGUUCAUGCUUGAUCGAUUUCGAGCAACUGUAGCAGCGGUUGUAGCAUAUAGCAGUAUAUGUGCACUUUGUACGUCGUUGAUCAGUUUUGCUAUUGUAUUAAUUGUUUCUCUUAUUCCAUUAUACUUGAGUAGAAAUCCAGAUGAUGCAUAUGGAGAAGUUUAUUGUAUUAAUGGGUAUACGUUAACAGCGGGUUUUCAAAUCCCACAAUAUAAUACAACAUUCACAGAUUCAAUGGCUAGCAGAUCAUAUAGUUUUCAAUCGAGUCCGCCCUCAUCCACAGUUACCGGUUCUUGCACAGGUCUUAAUAAUUAUAGAGUUUCAGAAACAGAAAUGGUAUCUGUAACUGAUAAUUGUACCUUUCAAUUGUUAUCGAUAAUUUCUCCACUUCUUCCAAAUGCAAAAGUAUUUAAUAACUAUGCUCUUAGUGAAGCUUGUUAUCGAACUUUGCAAACAUGUUAUUCUGAUUCAUUAUUAACUGCAUGUAUUUUAUCCAACUGUGUUGUAACUGGUUUAUCUAAUGCUGCAAGUGCAUCGUAUCCUUUAACCUAUUACACACUUAGUUGUGCUGCUAAGAUAUACUAUAAAACACGUUGUCUAGAUGCUCCAGCAUCUUCUGGAUUAUACUAUUCUAGUUCUCAGCGGAACAGCGUUUGCCGUCAGCGACGUUUGAAUCGGAUUAAUACAUGUUUAAGCUCUACGGUAUCAUUAAUGAAUGUGCCCUGCAUGAUCAGUGUUUCUAGUGGCCUUGUGACGACUCCUGCAGGAAGUUGUACUCAAAUCGUUACUGCCAACAGUGCUCAAAUAACUAUUACUGAUGGUGCUAUCCCUCCUUGCUCAUCUGGUGUAACUUUUACAUCAUUCAGCAUCAAUCCAUCAUCGACUACACAACCCGUCAGCAAUUUUCCAACUACAUUCUUUGGAGCUUCAGAUCAAACCGAUGGUCAUCCAUAUAGAAUUUCAUCCAUUACUAGUACAAACUUUUAUGCAAAUCAAUCUGGUGCUCUGUACUGUGGCUCUAUAUCACAAGCUGGCAUUGUUGCAGCUGUUAAUACAGCUAUCAGUUCGCAAUCUUCAUGA